AAGGUUAAGAGGAAGGCUGAUUGCAGUUAUGUGACUGUGUGGACUAAUUUGUGGAGCAGGAGGUGCUGGAGUGUGGCCAGGCCAGAGGUGGACAGUUGCUGAUUCUGCUCAACAGCAGCACCAUCCCAGGGACGCAGAGAGACGCAGCUUUAACUGGCCAUGGAGAACCUGAGUUCCCACUAUGAGGAGCAGCUAAACGAGAGCUUUGGCAACGGGACAGAGCAGAGUCGCGAGUACCAAGUGGCGAGCGUGGCUCUCAUCCUGCUGGUGUGUGGAGUUGGGAUUGUGGGAAAUGUACUGGUGGUCUUUGUGGUCCUCAGCACAAAGCACAUGAGAACCCCAACGAACUGUUACCUGGUGAGCCUGGCGGUAGCUGACCUGGUGGUACUGAUAGCUGCUGGUCUCCCCAACAUCACCAACACCAUCUACGGAUCAUGGGUCUACGGUUACACCGGCUGCCUGACAAUCACGUACAUGCAAUAUCUGGGCGUUAAUGUGUCUUCCUGCUCAAUAACUGCAUUCACUAUCGAGAGGUACAUCGCUAUCUGCCACCCUAUGAAAGCCCAGUUUAUCUGCACUACAUCCAGAGCUAAAAAGAUUAUCCUGUUAGUGUGGACUUUCACUUCCCUCUAUUGCAUGAUGUGGCUUUUCCUGUUAGAUAUUAAACACACCAGCUACAAGGGUAUGACAGUGGUGGUUUGUGACUAUAAAGUCUCCCGAAAAUUUUACCUGCCCAUUUAUUUUCUUGAUUUCUUUCUGUUCUACAUUGCUCCCCUGGUCCUGGCCACUGUCCUAUACUGGAUGAUCAGCAGGAUUUUGUUUCUGAAUCCCAUCCACACUGAUCCAACAGAAAGCAACAAACACCAGAGGGGCGGAUCCAUUGGCCACCAACAAACAAGUGACACCUUUACGCCCAACAGCACAGCCACUUCCAGGAAACAGGUGACCAGGAUGUUGGCUGUGGUGGUCAUUCUCUUUGCUCUGUUGUGGAUGCCUUACAGGACUCUUGUGGUCAUCAACUCUUUUCUCAGCCAGCCCUUCACCAAUCCCUGGAUUCUGCUGUUCUGUCGAGUCUGUAUCUACCUGAACAGUGCUGUCAACCCCAUUAUUUACAAUCUGAUGUCUCAGAAGUUCCAGGCAGCCUUCAGGAAGCUGUACACGUGUAAGGCGAAACUGUCAGAAAAACAAGCCAGUUAUGAUGUGGCUCUCAAUAACAGCCUUAAGGAGCCUUCGAAUGGAAGUCCUGACCACUUCAACACAGAACUAGAAGACAUCACAGAUCAGUUUCUGCCCUACAGGAACAUCUCCUCUGUUGCAUCACCAAAGGUGGUGUUCAGUCAAGCCUGA